CAACCAAGAAGCUGAGCAUAGAGUUGGUUUGUAACAUGCCUUUGUUGUUAUUAUCAUCAAACUUUAUUAGUAUUGUUGUUGAUUUUAUUGUAACUUUUAAUAUUAUGAUUAUAUUUUGCAGGCUGGCACCCACCAUACAGUUAUUAUUAUUAUUAUUAUUAUUAUUUUAUUAUUUCUGUAGCGCUGUACAAUGGUUAAUUUAAAAUUUGUUUAAAGACCCGUUUAACAUAUAUUUGUUACAUAUGGGAUAUUAUUAUUAUCAUCGCCAUUUAUAUGGCGCCAACAGAUUCUGUAGCGCUGUACAGUGGUUAAUUUAAAAUUUGUUUAACCCCUUAAGGACCAAACUUCUGGAAUAAAAGGGAAUCAUGACAUGUCACACAUGUCAUGUGUCCUUAAGGGGUUAAAGACCCGUUAACAUAUAUUUGUUACAUAUGGGAUAUUAUUAUUAUUAUUAUUAUGGCGCCAACAGAUUCCGUAGCGCUUUACAAUAUUAUGAGAGGGGGGAUUUCACUAUAAAUAGGACAAUUACAAGAAAACUUACAGGAACGAUAGGUUGAAGAGGACCCUGCUCAAACGAGCUUACAGUGUAUAGGAUAUAAACAUAAUAUUUAAUAUUCUGAGCAGAGACGGUUUCAAGUUUAAUGUAUAAUUUAGUAUUUUGGAGAAUGUGUAUAGGUCUAUUUUAAUACUAUUGGUACUGAUAUAAUAAUUGGUUAAUAAGUUAUUUGUCUAUAAUUUGAAGUCAAAACUAUUCAGAGUGUGCGAAGGGGUUUUAGUCACCAAAGUAUACAUUGUAUUUUAAAGAAAUCCGAAUUUGGUAAAUUUUAGAUCAAAAUUGCCAAGCUGGCGAAAAUCUGCAGUUCAGCUAUUUUGCACAUAAAUUUGGCCAGACAAUUCUAACAUUAGUAUAUAACCCUAACAGAAUUAUUUACCGGAUGUGCCAAGUCGCAUGUUCUUGUGGCGCACUGUUUUCCGCCGGUUCUCCCAGUCAUCUGACAGAACAGCUGUCAUUCAUUGAGGAAAAGCAUAACACAUUUUCAUGAGUUUCAUGAGAAGCGUUUAAACCCACUCGAGCACUUCUCAGUGCACACCAUGUCAUCCUGACAUGAGUCUGCUGUACCUGCUGUACCCAGUCACGGUUACCAGUAAUGGGUCUGCUGUACCCAGUCACGGUUACCAGUAAUGGGGCAGACUGUUUAGCAACCGUUUACCCCCUUACCUGAUUCCUCACCAAGCUCCAAUGCUCCAUGGUGGUCUCGUGAUGACCCUUUAUGGGCAAGCACAUCUGAUGCAGAUUGUGUUACUGACAUGACUGUACACUGGUCCCACUCUUUCCCCUUAUCAGACCUGCUAAAGUUGACAGGUCUAUUUCACUACAGAGUAAAUUGUCUGCAAUUCAAAAUAUAUACAAAUAGCCUAACUGCAAACAUAGCUUACUAACACUGCACAUACAAAGUUUAACCCUUCUGCUGCUGUAGGUGUAAGUCCACCUCCGGCAGCAACAUAGGAGUGUCAUCAGCCAGACUGGAACUAGAGGUCUAGGCUGACUAAUGUUAAUCUGUGCAAAAGUUAUGACAUUCUCAGCCAAUGAAUGGGGAUGUCCACUGCUUCUGCAGCUCUUUUGCACAUCACCAGACCACCAUGGAGCAUUGGAGCUUGGUGAGGAUUCAGGUAAGGGGGUAAAAGGUUGCUAAACAGCCUGCCCCAUUACGGGUAACCGGGCCAGGGUUAUAGCAAACUGUAGCGGUUGUGGUGAUUGGAGUAACCCUAUAAAGCUGUAAUUUUAGUUUCAUUUGAGAUUUUUUUUUCCAUGUGUGCAUUUUGGCCUACAUUUUGUAAUUUGAUUUCCAUUCACUUUUAUUCACUAAAAUCUAAUUACUGUUGGAAAUAAAAAUACAUUUUAACAUUUUAGGUUAAAGGAUCUUAUGUGAAAUAAUUCUCCAACUUCACUAUGGUUACAGCUUGACUAUUUUAGACAUUUCAGUUUCCAAUUUAAUUCCAAUUCCAAUUUGCUGUUUAACAAAUACAUUCUUUAAAGGACCACUAUAGUGCCAGGAAAACAUACUCGUUUUCCUGGCACUAUAGUGCCCUGAGGGUGCCCCCACCCUCAGGGUCCCACUCCCGCCCGGCUCUGGAAGGGGAAAGGGGGAAAAACUUGCCUUUUUCCAGCGCUGGACGGGGAGCUCUCCUCCUCCGAUCCUCCCCCUCUCCUCCCCGUCGGCUGAAUGCGCACACGCGGCAAGAGCUGCGCGCACAUUCAGCCGGUCACAUAGGAAAGCAUUCACAAUGCUUUCCUAUGGACGCUUGCGUGCUCUCACUGUGAUUUUCACAGUGAGAAGCACACAAGCGCCUCUAGUGGCUGUCAAUGAGACAGCCGCUAGAGGAUUUGGGGGAAGGCUUAACCCAUUCAUAAAACUAGCAGUUUCUCUGAAACUGCUAUGUUUAUAAAAGAAUGGGUUAAUCCUGGCUGGACCUGGCACCCAGACCACUUCAUUAAGCUGAAGUGGUCUGGGUGCCUAGAGUGGUCCUUUAAUGUUGUUUUUAAUAAAGUGUGAAAUGUCAGGAAUUCAAAGUAAAUUUCACAUGUUUGGCCAAAAAAGAACUGAAAACAUAACCAACUUGGAGAAUCUUUUCAGUUUAGUUUUUGUGAUCUAAAAAAUUAUAAUAGGGUUUAUUCACUAAACACUGAAUUAUAUAGAACUGGAAAAUAAAACACAUUAAAAAAACAAAACAAAAAAAAACAAAAAAAAACAAUCAACUCUACUAUUCUCAUAGUUUGGCUAUUUCAACCUGAAAUUAGUAAGUUUAAUCAACUUCGAUUUGCUGUUUUGUGAUGACAGGUACAAGAUACGCAACAUUGUAGUGGUUAUGGUGUAAGAAGUUCCCUGCUGCCAUCACUGUGUAAGCAGUUAAACUGUUUUUGAGAAUUUUGAUUCUUAUUGAUUCUAUCAGGCACCGACCUUCCAGUCUGUGCUGAUAUGCUAAAACUUAAACUUUAAACUUCUGCAUUAGCAAACCAAGUUUGGAGAUUUUUCAUUGACUGAGACUGUCCACUGAUGCAUUAGAGUGGCUCCCUCUACGCUUGACUAAGGGUGGAGCUUAAGGCAAACUCCACUAUCUUGACAAAGAAUGUGGAUUUGACAAAAAAAAAGGCUCUCCCCGGCACCUGAAGCCUGCCUGCUCUUCAGCUGCAUUCAAACUGUACUUUUACAUUACCAAGUGCAAAUCUGUGCACCCAUUACGAGUGAUCGGCUAAGAGUUCUGGGGAAAGUUGUAAUAAUUUGUUAGUCCUUAGUUUCUUCAGUCAGAUAUUUUGAUGCGUUCUCAUCGUGCACAUAUUCUGUUUAUAGGGACACUACACGCACCCAGACCACUUAAUCUCAUUGAAGUGGUCUGGGUGCAGUUCCUGUAACCUUAACCCUACAAUCUAAAAACUGCAAUGUUUACAUUGUAGGAUUAAGACUGCCUCUAGUGGUUGUCUCCCAGACAGCUACAAGAGGCGCUUCCUUGAUUUACACAGAGCUUAGCUUCAUGAAACAAUGCUGGACGUCCUUGCGCUUUGCAUGAGGACGUUUAAUGUCUUCAAAUACUCCAUAGGAAAGCAUUGAAGAACCUAAUGUGCAUGUCCAGGCCUAAUCCACGCACGGUGCUCGCUGCACAUGCCGAUUAGGUUCCUCCUCGACAUUCACGUUGUAGGAGACAGAGCCAGCACCAAGGGCCUUCUGUGCUGUAAUCGGGUAGGUGUUUUAAAAGGUUUUUAACCCUUUAAUUGCCAUGAGGGGGGUUACGAGGGAGGGGUUAGAGGGACACUAUAGUGUUAGGAAUGCAGCUUUCUAUUCCUAGCACUAUAGUGUUCCUUUAAUAAUGAACUCACCGCUUAAAUGCUUCCAUGUUAACUAAUCAUAAAGAUGUUACAAUAAUUUCAUUUUGUAGUCUAUUAAAACAAAUAUUCUACAAAAUCCAUUCAAAUUACAAUUGUGCUAAUUUCUGUCUAAAUGGAAUACCUAUCCCUUUUUCUUUUAUCUGUUGAGGUCUGCACUGCAAUGAGUGACCCACAAUCGAUUAAUUUCCAGGAGUUGGAGAGGGAACUUGCCAUAGCAGUUGCCGCUGAUCAAAAGUAUAAAAGAGAAAAUGAUGCCAAGUUCCGGGCUAUACAUCAAAAAGUGUCAUCUUAUGAAGAGUUCAGGUAAAAGAGGUUGUGAAGAGUAUCUAUGUCUUUGGAAAGUGGGCUAUCAAGUUAUAACAUAGCAUUCACUUACUUACAUUGACGGAACUUCCAUGGGUAGAUCUGAUUCCUACUAUCGUUUAUAGGCUAUUUGAAAUAAGUCCGAAAACGCACUUAUUUGGUUAAUGAAUACUUUCCUCAUCUUUAUUCAACACAGAGAUAUUGUUCUGGCCUCUCACCUCAAACCAUUGGAGAAAAAGGAUAAGAUUGGAACAGAGAGGAAGCAGCCUUGGAACCCAGCCUCCACGACAAAGGAUCGGACAGGAGAGUCCACUUGUACCUUAUUACAGGUGAGGAGAGGAGACUGACAGGGGAAGAAAAUACGAUGCUUGCCAUGUGCAUUUAUUGCACUCUUCCUUAAACUAAUCGAUUUGUCCUGUAUAGAAUCCCAUUUGAUUAGUUUUUAGACUGAUCAAUCAUUUUUACUAAACGAGAGGGGUUCUAUUCCAUGCUAAUCAAUUUGUUGCCAAACAAAUCAAUUCGUUUAGGGAAGAGAGCAACAUGACCAGACCGCUGGUUGAGUAUGCUGCAGUCAGCUAAGGGAUCGUCAGACUCCUUUGGGCUGCAUGAGUAGGCCUCGGGUCUAUCCCCGGGAAAAAGUCGCCGAUCUGUCGUUUAUCCUAAUGGUUGUUGCCACAGUAGUAGUCUCCAAUCACUGGGGCUUGUGGGCAGGCUAUAUUUUGAAUAUUGAAUUUGAUGAAGGAAUCGGGGCAAAGAGCAUCUUACACAAUGACAUAUGAAAGGGGGAGAGAGAUGGCUUUGGUGCUAGGGUGUGUCCUUUUAAAAAUGUACUGUACAUGAAGCCUGUAUAGUGCAUUAAUUUAAAAUCACCAUACACUGAUCAGCCACAACAUUAAAACCACCUGCCUAAUAUCAUGUAGGUCCCCCUCCUGCUGCAAAAACAGUUCUGAUGCAUUAAGGCAUGGACUCCACAAGACCUCCGAAUGUGUCAUGUGGUAUCUGACACCAAAAUAUUAGCAGCAGAUCCUUUAAGUCAUGCAGGUUGACAGGGGGGGCCGUCAUGGAUUGGAUUUGUUGUUCCACCACAUUCCAAGGAUGCUCAAUUGUAUUGAGAACUGGGGAAUUUGAAGGCCAAAGCAAAACCUUGAGCUCUUUGUCAUGUUCCUCAAAACCAUUCUUUAACAAUUUUUGAUGUGUGGCAGGGUGCCUUAUCCUGUUAUAAGACACCACCAUUGCCAUGCAGGGGUGUAUGUGGUUUGCAACCAUCUUUAGGUAGGUGGUACAUGUCAAAGAAACAUCCACUUGAAUGCCAGUAACUAAGGAUAACACUGCAUCUGCUGGCCUGCCUUCUUCCCACAGUGCAUCUUGCUGCCAUCUCUUUCCCAAACAUCAUAAUCGAUGCACACACAACCGGCCAUUCCCCUGUUUUGAUUCAUCAGACCAGUAAAUGUGAUUCAGCAUACCAGACAACCUUCUUCCACUGCUGCAUGGUCCAGUUCUGAUGCUCACGUUUCCAUUGAAGGCACUUUUGGCUAAGGACAUGGGUCAUCAUGGCCACUCUGACCAGUCUCUGGCUACACAGACCACUACGCAGCAAACUGACACCUUUCUAUCAUGGCAACCAUUCAUUUUUUUUUUUCCUGCAAUUUGAGCUACAGUAGCUCUUCUGGUUGAUCGGACUAGAUCAAUGAGCUUUGGGUUGUCCUUCAUUGCACCACUUUUGGCACGUACUAACCACUGCAUACCAGAAACAUCCCACAAGACUUUGUGAUUUUGAAGAUGCUCUGACCCAGUAGUCUAGCAAUCACUCAGAUUUUUUCGCCUUCCAAUUUUUCCCGCUUUCAACACAUAAAAUUCAAGAACUGACUGUUCACUUGCUACCUAAUAUAUCCCACCCCUUGACAGGUACCGUUUUAACAGUAUAAUCAGUGUUAUUCACUUUACCUGUCAAUGGUUUUAAUGUUGCGGCUGAUCAGUGUAUGUUGGUAAUGCUUCUACCUACGGUAAUUGUAAUAUUACCUGCUAUAACCUUGGGAUCUGGGUCCUUUCUUGCAUUUUAAAGCUCAUUCCUGCAGCUGACAUUGUUCUGUCUAUUGGAUCUUUGGGAGGUUGUGUUCACUCCUUCACCACCACCAACACUGCCAAUCGUGGUUCAACAGACUAUGAUCCAAUCUAGUUCACUUAUUUAAACCCCAUCUUACUGUUGUACUGCGCCCUUGCCCUUUUGAGAUACCUUUUUGGCCGAAUAAUUCAUGAAUUCUUCUGUAUUUUGUUAUUGUAUUUUAGUUUUGACCCAGCUUGUCUUUGUAUUUGCAAUCUUCUGGUAUGCUUGACUCAACUUGACUACUUUUAAUUGUUUUUUUUCUAGUUCCCGUAAACUUAAGUUGUCUGCGACUACAAUUCCUUUACUUCUAUUCCAUAUCAUUUCUUUUAUUUGUUUUUCAAUAUUUAUGCAUACCAUCCAUGUAAACUCUAGAGAUUACUGACAAAUACUACCAUAUAUUUAUUCUUUGAAAUAUUAGAGUAAAACUGUUUUGUUUGUGUUUUAUAGCAUCCAUUUGUUUCGGAUGUUAAUCAGAUGAAGACAAUCAUGUAAAGAUUGCUUCAAAUAAUGUCUAGUAAACCCCUCACUGCCAGGAGAUUUAAUUAAAUCUCAAUGUGUCCAGAGUCCUCCCACUCUUUCUCUUAAACAAAGAACCAGCAAACAUUAUUAAAGUCCUAAUUAAGAAGAAAAAAUAUUUUUUUUGUUUGAAGCUAAACACAGAUCCUUGUUUUUCGAUUCUCUUCAUCUGUUUUGUAGAAUUCACUCUACAUACUCUCUGCAUAAUGUAUUCUGUCAAGCUUAUCGUCUGUUGUUUUUUUUGUAAUAAAGUGUAAAUUUUAAAUUCUCAGCCUAAACUGUCUUGUGCUUCACAUAUAGAUUCGGUCUCCAAGAGCCUCUGAAUCUCUAAUUAAUCAUAGUGUGUGCUUUUGUGAAAUCCAAUUUAUCUUAUAGACUAGUGUAAAACCAAUUUUCUGAUCAAGCUGUAUGAACUGAUGGACAGGAAAAAAGAACAUUUGCAUUUGUUCAGCCAGUGUAAAGUUUCUGGAGAAUAUGUUAAGAAUUUUUUUUUUUCUCUGAGGAGAAAGAACAAAGACUCCAGACCACUGAUCACCUUCCCCUAACUGUCUUAAAGCUCAAAAUCUUUACAGUGAUGUCAUCAUAUUCAUAAGAGGAUUGGGAAUGAUGUCAUUUAUCUUAAAGAUCGCCAUGCACUUGGUGUACGUCACUCCACUGUGUUGUUAACCAUAAAGUGGCAAGUAUACCUGUUACCACCAUAUAAAUAUGCAUUGAAUGUAUGUAUACCUACUACAUUUACUAUACCCCUCUCCUAGUAUGAUUUAAAGGGAUACUAUAGGCACCCAGACCACUUCAACUAAAUGAAGUGGUCUGGGUGCAGUGCCCCUAUUGCACCAGAGAAACUGCAAUGUUUACAUUGCAGCACUAAGUCAGCCUCCAGUGGCUGUCUACCAGACAGCCACAUGGGGUGCUUCCUGGAUCCAACGUACCUUUGGUAUGGUAUCUGACGCUGAAAGUCCUCAUGCUCUGCAGGUCUAAUGCACGCACGGCAUUUGCCACAUAUGCGCAUUAGCUCCCGCUCGUCGCGGACGUCGUAGAGGGCGGAGCGUCAACCCAGUGCCAAGGGACAUCGGCGCUGGGAUAAGUUAAGUAAAUAAAGGGUUUUUAACUCUUUAUUCAUGGGAGGAGGGAGCGACAGUGCCAGGAAUACAGCAUUGUAUUCCUGACACUAUAGUAUCCCUUUAACCAAUAAAAUGUCAAAUAAGCUUGUUAAUGCUUUAUGGUACAUAGAUACACUGUACAUACUGCAUAUAUUGUACCCUCUACUGUAAUGUAACAUUUAAAGUGCUAAGCACUUUAGACUUCUAAAGAACUUUAGCUUGCUGAAUAGCUUUUUGUGUACCAUCUUUAUUUCAUUUUAGAAAUGUACAUUUUUACCAAUUAACCCGGUUACACCCCCUGAAAAUUCAAGUAGACAGUGAGCCCUCUUACCCCCCUUUUUUUUUAGCUCAGAGCUAAACUCAAGAGGCAGCAAUUGCCCACAGCACCUGCCUUGCAAAGACUUCUCAUUGAGCUGCAUUUGGAAGUCUGUGAUUGGACAGCCACAGAAAGUCUGGGCUUGCAAAGGCUGCAGACAGGAGAACUGCUGUAGGUUUUGCAAACUGUUUUCAGUUAUAAAAAGAUAAAACACAAUCUGGGUGCUUAAGCAGGGUUGAAGGUGUUAAAAAGCGCUUCACACUCUGGUUCAAUUCACAAAAACUACCAACAAGCAAUAAUACAAAAGUGAUGAGUGGAGCGUCACUUUUGUAUGUUUUCAGUUAUAAGUUCAAUGAAAAAUAAAUAAUUAAAUACAUGAUUUCAUUUGGAGUAUAUCUACUAACCAGUGAUUUUUUUUUACAUUUAGUUUUUAGGUGGUGAAGUGUCCCUUUUAACACUACAGAAAUCAAACACAGGCUAUAUAACUGUCACCCAGUACAACUGUUAGUGCUAGUACUGUAAUGUUUAAAGUACCAAGUACAUCUGCUCAUGUUGUAGACAAAUAUACAUAUCCUGAAUGCCUACUUCCCAUCUGCUGUAAUGCAACCAAUAAACUAUCAGUGAUACUGUUGGCUCCAUAUACUAAUUAAAUAUACACAUCCUGAAUAACCGUUGCACUCACUGCACCCAGUAAUGUAACGUGUAAAGUGCAAAUUAAACCUGUUAAUUCUGUAAGAAUAAAAUGUACAUUGACUGUAUAAAUACUGCACUUGAGAUAUGUCCCCUCUACCGCAUUGAAACCUGUGAAGUGCUAAGUACAUUUAGCGCUAUAUCAGCAAAGUAUACAUACUGUGUAUCCACACUACAGUUACUAAUUUCCCCCACACUAAAGUAUCCUGGGAUGCCCUAAGUACUCUCUUAGUAUUAAAUUAAAAAAUAUACACACAAGCAAUUUAGUAAACACUAAAUAUUAUUGUUGUUACUCCAUUGAAAUGACGAAACCUGUUUCUUUUUUGACAUGGUCAUCAGGUCAGGAUAUCAAUAAAACACUUUGUGUCCAUUUGUUCCUUUCUAUCUUUUAAGCACCUCUUUUAAGCACCUCUUCCUAUUAGACAAUUAAAGUGGACCUCACUUUAAAAAAAAAAAAAAAAAAAAAAACAAGACGACUUCUGCGAUGCAAAUCCUUUAAAGUACCGGUUUAUUCAAACAAACUGCAACAUAGCUGGUGACUCUGUAAACCUUAUCCCCUCCAAUGCUUGUCAAAGACCUCAGUGGAGGUGGAAACGUUGCUGUCCACAUGAUGGUCCAAUAAACUGUUUUAUAUUUGAACACCGUAAGUGCCUAAGGGUUCUUUCUUGAUGUAUAGCUAAAUAACUUAUGUCAUAGAAACAUAGAAUGUGACAGCAGAUAAGAACCAUUCGGCCGAUCUAGUCUGCCCAAUUUUCUAAAUACUUUCAUUAGUCCCUGGCCUUAUCUUAUAGUUAGGAUAGCCUUAUGCCUAUCCCAUACAUGCAUAGUCUCCCUCACUGUGUUAAUCUCUACCACCAUGUCAUCAGUAAAUGCCACUUCCUUCCAGCAUACAGUUGCCAUUUUGGUACUUUUACUAGGCCCCACCUUUAAACUACAUCAUUGAAACCUUUCACCAUCCUUUCAGGAGUUCCCCUUUGAAGUUUGUCACAGAACGUCUUUCCAUAGUGAUUUGUUUUUACGAUCAAGUUAUUCUGUGCAAGUGAUGGCACCACAAACAUGUUCAUUUGUGUGUACUGCAUCCCCAGCCUGUGUAAUAACAGGUUUCAUUGUAGAAAUGUAUAAAGUGAGUCAAUUAAGAUGUCUCAUACCUCUGGGUGCUAAAGUUAUAAUGAGUGUGCAAUUAUACACCUCUCCAGUGAACCAGUUCAAAUUAUAAUAGUUUUGUAUUUUGCUAGUGAUAUAUCCUCUCAAUAAGUUUAAAGGACACUCCAUUGUCCAAAUAAAAAAAUAUCACUGUAGAAGGUAUACUCCAAAUUAAAACAUGCAUGCACUUAGUGAUAUAUUUUUCUGUUGGGGUCUUUGCAAGGCAGGUGCUCUGGGCAGUUGACACAUCUUUAGCUUAAGUGAGCUAACCAAACCAGGUAGUAACAGGACAGGAUGUCUGAUUGACAGCCAGGGAUGUAACAAGGUUAAUUUCUAAAAGGGCCAAUUGCUAAUGAAAACUGCACUUUUUGUAAAAUGAAAAUUUAAAAUAAAUUUUGUGUUUCACCUUCAAGCAAGCCUAAGUGCUGCUUUAGGGAUCUGGGGUGUCUCUUUAAGUAACUGAUGUAAAGCUGGGAUUUUAUUGAAAAUGUAUACCACAUGAUUGCAUUUAAAAAAAAAAAUAGAAUUCUAAAUUACCGGUAUUUUUUUUCUUAAAAUGUCUCAGAUUAAAGGAGUCAUCUAGUUUCUCUCAUAUUACAUUAAUUCAAAGACUCAUUUAAAAAAAAAAAAAAGGCACAGUGCAUAGAGAACAACAAUGAUUUUAUUUAUGUAUACUAUUUCUUUUUUUUUUUUAAAUUAAUUUUGAAUGCUGUCCAUGUCUUUUUUAGGAGUCCCAAUCAGAGCCCACAAAUGCAUUUGAAUUUGCCCGUGAAUGGCGCAGACUGGGAGUAGAGAAAAGGUACAACUUUCUCUUGCGACUCAAAGCUGACAGACUGACCCAGCUCUUUCAUACAGAAGUAUGCUCGGGGCUUCUAGGAGAGAUCUUAACUGCUUUGGAGGAAAAUGUCCAGAGUACUCACCAAGAGGAGGUGCUGAGAAUACUACAUAGCUUGGCUAACACUCAACGUUUCAACCUCAAUCUUGUCUUCCUCAGUGGGGCAGAGGUGGAGAGCUGCAAAAACCUCUUUGUAAAGCUACAGACGUUUAACACAAACGAAGAAAAUUUAGACACAGACUUUAAAAGAGAAGAAAUGUUAACUACGUUAGAGGCCCUUUACAAAGUCAACCAGUGAAGGAUCUAACUCUUAUUUGGAAUAUAUAUAUUUGCAUAGACCUAUUCCUUGUGUUGUGUUCAUUGUUUGGGUUAAUGGAUACCUGCAAUAUCCCUGAUUAAUAGUCACGGUGAAUUAAUAAUCGGUAGCUCCUCCUCUCACAGCUGAAAAGAGAGGCAACAGAACUAAAAAAAGUAGUAUACCUUCAGACAGUCUAGGGGGCUAGCUCCUCUACCACGAACGACACAAAGAAGAUGCGUUCCAAUGAUCUAACGAUACCAUGGUUAUUAAUCAGGAAAAAAAUAUCUAAGGAGGUUGUCCAAAAAUCAAACCCGUCCUUCGCAUACACAAAUCCCUGUAAGUGCAAGGAAAAGCCAACUGCUUACUCAGUGGGAUAUCUCCAUCUCUCCAGGCCAAGGAAUGUAGUCCAGAGGAUACUGGUCUGCAACCCCAUGAUAAUCACAAGGACAUCUUGGAUAGCAUCUACAAUCCAGUAUGUGGGAGAAAAUGUAUUCAAAAUAACAAGAGUUAUAAAAUAAACAAGUUGAAAUAUCUGCAUGUCUUGAUUAAUUGCAAGCCAAGCUGCUUGAAUAUCUUCUAUACUUUUCAAAAAAGAGUCAGUGGAAUAUAAUGACAAAUGCUAGC